GAGCAAAAAACGAAUGAGUGGCCUUCCCUUCUCAUCCUAUAUAUAGCAUUCCUACCCCUCCCACUGUUCUCUCAAAUCACUUCGCUUCCUCUUCUCUCCAUACAUUAUCAUCUCAAACUCUUUCUUCUCCAAUCUCUCUAUUUUCCCUUUCCGCAGAAUGGGAAGUACUGGAAAAACUGACUAUGGUGCAUUCACUUAUGAGAAUCUUGAGAGAGAGCCUUACUGGCCAACGGAAAAUCUUAAGAUUUCUAUCACUGGGGCCGGGGGUUUUAUUGCGUCACACAUUGCGCGGCGCCUCAAGAAGGAGGGGCAUUACAUUAUUGCUUCUGACUGGAAGAAAAAUGAGCACAUGACUGAGGACAUGUUCUGUGAUGAAUUCCAUCUUGUUGAUCUCAGGGUCAUGGAAAAUUGCCUAAAGGUUACUAAGGGGGUUGACCAUGUUUUCAAUCUUGCUGCUGACAUGGGUGGGAUGGGUUUUAUUCAGUCCAAUCACUCUGUCAUUAUGUACAACAACACAAUGAUCAGCUUCAACAUGAUUGAGGCAGCCAGGAUUAAUGGCAUUAAGAGGUUUUUUUAUGCCUCUAGUGCUUGUAUCUACCCUGAAUUUAAACAGUUGGAAACUACUAAUGUGAGCUUGAAGGAGUCUGAUGCAUGGCCAGCUGAGCCACAAGAUGCAUAUGGGCUGGAAAAGCUAGCAACAGAGGAGUUAUGCAAGCACUAUAACAAAGAUUUUGGAAUUGAAUGCCGGAUUGGGAGGUUCCAUAACAUAUAUGGUCCUUUUGGGACAUGGAAAGGUGGAAGGGAAAAGGCUCCUGCUGCUUUUUGUCGCAAGGCAAUCACUUCCACUGAUAAAUUUGAGAUGUGGGGAGAUGGAUUGCAAACACGAUCAUUCACCUUCAUUGAUGAGUGUGUUGAAGGUGUGCUUAGAUUGACUAAGUCCGACUUCCGUGAACCAGUAAAUAUUGGAAGUGAUGAGAUGGUCAGCAUGAAUGAGAUGGCUCAGAUUGUACUUGGCUUCGAGAGCAAGAAUAUUCCUAUACAUCACAUUCCUGGCCCAGAGGGUGUUCGUGGUCGUAAUUCAGACAAUACAUUGAUAAAAGAAAAACUUGGUUGGGCUCCAACUAUGAAGUUGAAGGAUGGGCUGAGGAUUACAUACUACUGGAUUAAGGAGCAGAUCGAGAAGGAGAAAACUCAAGGUAUUGAUUUAUCAAUAUAUGGGUCAUCCAAAGUGGUUCAAACUCAAGCCCCAGUUCAACUAGGCUCACUUCGGGCAGCAGACGGCAAAGAAUGAAGUGGUUAAUGCAUCGCUGUAGUAGUCACCUUAAUAUUUCAAGUUAAGAGUUGUAUUUGAUAUAUUGCUACUAAAUAGCGGUUUCUGGUUAUUUAGCUGCUAAGGUUUUGUUAUGUUUCUGCAGGUUUUUCAUGUCUAGAAUGUAAGCCUUGAUGCUCCUAAUGUAUUUUAUAGUCUUUUUAAGGCACUGCGGAGUGCGUUAGAUGGUUUACUGUACUGCAAGUUCUAAAUUAUUUGUUAUCAUUGAUUAAUAAGCAUAUAAUUGUUUUCUUCCUUGUGAAGUUCACUGUAGUGAUAUCAUCUCUGAAUGUUUUAGUGAUAUUUUAGCAUAAAGUUGUAUGGUCUUGCAAAGGCCGCUUGACUGAGAAGGAUAAAUUUAGUGCAUGUUUGGUAUUUCUACUAGGGAAAGGUUUUAUAUUUUCUGUUGGUUU